AAUGCCCAGUUCAAAAAUUACAGUUAGUUAUACAGUUAAUUAUAAUUUAAGUUCCAUGGUUUCUUCUUAUUUCCCAAUUCUGAUCCGGCUUAUAUUCCAAUUCAGCUAAAAUGGAGAGGAGGAGAAGGGGGAGACAUCUUAAUCACUUCGCUUUCUUUAUUCUUCCCUCCGGCAAAUGGCUCCAUAUUCUUUCAACUUGAUGAUUUCCAGCAAUACAGCUUGAUAUUUUUAAAUCCAGGCAAAAUAGAAUUAUGGAUGGAGAAAAUAGUGCUUUUUCUUGAUUUUUUUUCUUGUUACUUUCUACCUCUCAUUGAUUAGAGUUGCUGAAGAUAUGUAAAUUAGAACAAACUCGAACAAAGCAAGUCUCCUUGGUGUAUUUUUAGCUUCCGUUCCUCCCCUCCUUCUUCUUUCCUGCUGUGAAGCUCUGUGAAGUUCCCAAUUGUCAAUUAAUCUCUUUUAAAGACACAAUCUCUUCAAAUCCAAAUUCAAAGUUUGUAUUUCAAUGGGUUAGUCAAUUCUCUGUUUUCUCAUUUCUGUCUCCAAGUUGUUUAAAAUAAGCAGUUCUCUUUGGGCUUAAUGAUUUAAACCACUUUUUUUUCCUUCUUUCUUUUCUUUCCGCCAAAAUCCCAAUCUAUCCGUCAAUAUUAUUUCUACUCACAAGAUUCUUUGCCUUUCCAAAUUCUGAUUUGUGGCAGUUGGUUAUUUAAAUCUUACCAGAUUUCCACAUUCCUUUCAUACACCGCUCCUGCUCAUAUGCUUAGUCCAGAAGCUCCAGCUUGAUAGCAGCCAUGCUGCCUCCCCCGAUGCUGAUUCAGAGAGCUAAUCUCCGACCUACGAGGAACCUGUUGCAUACCUUUGGGUCUAAUGAGACGCAGUUCCUUCUUCACUUUUCCUCCAGAAAAGUUCUGAUCCAAAAAGGAUCCCCGGCAUCGGUUUGUCACAGAAAUUUUGUGAGGCUCUUCAGAGCUCACGUUUUCUGUUUGUCUCACUGAGGUACUUACGGUCUCUCCCAUGAUGCCGCGAGUUUGACACCCCUGAUCUAAACAAUGGGAACUGGAAAACUUAGGGACCGGGGUUGGAUGACUUAAAUUUCUCAAGCAGAAUGCAGAUGGUUAAAUCUUAGCAGUAGGUGACAAGUAGCCCAGUUGAACUUUGCAAUUCUUGAAAUGAUGCACGUCUGAAUUUGGUGGAGAAGAGUUCUGUGCGAAUUCCUCUUUCCCUCUACCCCAAAAAGCGAGCUGCGGGGUUCAAGGCAUCCGGGUUGGCCUCCAUUCUACCUUGAGAGACUUCAAACCGGCGUGGGAUGGGGCAAUGAAGGUCAAGAACUUGGAAACAUCUGCUGGGUCUGCCAUGUCUGCCGGAGAAGCCAAGGAGGCUGCGAUGGAUCCCCCCAAUGCCCAGUUGCUCCAUCUGGAGCAGAGGAUGGUGGCAGCCGAGCAGAAGUGGAUGGGCUGCGAGAAAGCCGUAAUGGAAAUGGGGAGCCAGCUGGAGAGCAAACUGGCCAUGUUGGGGACCAUCUUGGAGGAGAACAGCCUGUUGCAGCGGAGGUUGGAGAACCUUGAGUGUCUGUUGAAGAAUCUGAACUUCUGGAUCUUGAGAUUUCCUCCAGGAUUUAAAGGAGAAGUUCCUAAGGUGCCCUUGAACUUCAGUGACGCUUCGGUCCAUUUCAAUGAGCAGGAAUGGAGGAACCUAGAAGAGUGGCAGAGAGAGCUUUAUAGAACUGUCAUGAGGAGCAACUAUGACAUGCUGGUCUCGCUGGAUCAUGCCAUUUCCAAGCCUGAUAUCCUAUCCCAGAUGGACCAAGGGGAGGAAGUCUGCAUGGAGGAGUCAGAGGUCUUGGAGAAUAGGGAGAUACCUAAAGAUCCCAGCUGUACAAUAGACGUUGAAAGUUGUAAAAACACAGGAAAUGGUUUUCAGCCAGGCCGAUAUUACAUCGGAUCAAAAGCAACUGGCGUAUGGAAUUGUGUGAACCCAGGCGAUUAUGUUUUCACAACACCCUUAAUUGUGUUAACUUGUAAACAAAUCUAUGGUUCUGGCACAUUCUUUGCUGCUCACACCAGUGUGAUACUACAAGCCGGCAAAAGUUGCUGA